AUGGCCGUGAGAUUCCAGGUGUUGGACAUGGAGGAGAUGACCAUCUGGGAGCAGCACACAGCCACCCUCUGCAAGGAUGCUCACUGGGGCUUUGGCAUCGCCAUCUCUGACAGCCGAGACCGGUCAGGCGGAUCUGUGGUCAUCUCAGAUGUGGUGUCCAGAGGCCCGGCCGCGGGCAGGCUGCAGACAGGGGACCGCAUUGUCAUGGUCAACGGUGUCUCCAUGGAGACCGUCACCUCCUCCGUGGCCAUUCAGAUACUCAAGACCUGUACCAAGGCGGCCAACAUUACGGUGAAGCGUCCCCGGAAAAUCCAGCUGCCCUCCACCAAGGCCAGUCCCUCCCAGGACUCGGACGAGGCCGACCGUGGGAGGGGCUAUGAUGGGGACACGUCCAGCGGCUCCAGCCGCUCCUGGGGCGAGCGAUCCCGCCGGCCACGGGCCGGUCGCCGGAGCCGGGCCGGCAGCCACGGGCGCAGGAGCCCGGGCGGUGGGUCCGAGGCCAACGGGCUGGCCCUGGUGUCCGGCUAUAAGCGGCUGCCGCGCCAGGACGUGCAGAUGAAGCCCAUGAAGUCUGUGCUGGUGCGGAGGACAGAGAGCGAAGAGUUCGGGGUCAAACUGGGUAGUCAGAUCUUCAUCAAGCACAUCACGGACUCGGGCCUGGCUGCCCAGCACCGCGGGCUGCGGGAAGGAGACCUCAUCCUACAGAUCAACGGGGUGUCCAGUGAGAAUAUGUCGCUGAGCGACACGCGGCGACUGAUCGAGAAGUCGGAGGGGAGGCUGACCCUGCUGGUGCUCAGAGACCAGGGGCAGUUCCUGGUGAACAUCCCGCCUGCAGUCAGCGACAGCGACAGCUCCCUGCUGGAGGAUAUAUCCGAGCUCGGCUCGGAGCUGUCUCAGGCGCCGCCGUCCCACGUUCCUCCCCCACCCCACCACGGGCGGCGGAGUCCGGAUUCCAGCCGCGCCGAUUCCCCCACGGAGAGGCCCCAGCGUCGGAUGGAGAGCCCAGUGGAUUCCAGAACCGUCUCAGAACCAGGUGAGGAGACUGGCUGUUCCCUUUCAGACUCUUCCAGGCAAAGCAGUUAUGACAUCUACCGGGUACCCAGCGGUCAGAGCAUAGAGGAUCGUGGGUACAGCCCCGACUCACGGGUGGUCCGUUUCUCCAAGGGCGUGAACAUUGGCCUGAGGCUGGCUGGGGGCAACGAUGUGGGCAUCUUCGUGUCAGGAGUACAGGCGGGUAGCCCGGCCGACGGGCAGGGCAUCCAGGAAGGAGAUCAGAUUCUGCAGGUGAAUGACGUGCCGUUCCGGAACCUGACCCGGGAGGAGGCCGUGCAGUUUCUUCUGGGGUUGCCGCCCGGCGAGGAGGUGGAACUGCUGACACAGAGGAAGCAAGACAUCUUCCGGAAAAUGGUGCAGUCCCGCGUGGGCGACUCCUUCUACAUCCGCACGCACUUCGAGCUGGAGCCCAGCCCCCCGUCCGGCCUGGGCUUCACCCGCGGAGACGUCUUCCACGUCCUGGACACGCUGUACCCCGGCCAGGGGCAGAGCCGCGCCCACGGAGGCCACUGGCUGGCAGUGCGCAUGGGUCGGGACCUCCGGGAGCAGGAGCGGGGCGUCAUCCCCAACCAGAGCAGGGCGGAGCAGCUGGCCAGUCUGGAAGCUGCCCAGCGAGCUGUGGGGCCCGCGCCCGGGGCCUCCGUGGGCUCCAGUACCAGGGCCGAGUUCUGGCGGCUGCGCGGUCUUCGCCGGGGAGCCAAGAAGACCACCCACCGGAGCCGCGAGGACCUGUCAGCCCUGACCAGACAGGGUCACUACCCUCCUUACGAGCGUGUGGUGCUGCGAGAAGCCAGCUUCAAGCGACCAGUGGUGAUCCUGGGCCCCGUGGCAGACAUUGCUAUGCAGAAAUUGACUGCUGAGAUGCCCGACCAAUUUGAAAUUGCAGAGAGCACGAUGCGCACCGACAGCCCCCCCAGGGUCAUCAAACUGGACACGGUGCGGGUGAUUGCAGAGAAGGACAAGCACGCUCUGCUGGACGUGACGCCCUCGGCAAUCGAGCGCCUCAACUAUGUGCAGUACUACCCCAUUGUGGUCUUCUGCGCCCCCGAGAGCCGUGCGGCCCUCAAGGCGCUGCGCCAGUGGCUGGCGCCCGCCUCCCGCCGCAGCACUCGCCGCCUGUAUGCCCAAGCCCAGAAGCUGCAGAAGUACAGUGACCAUCUCUUCACAGCCACCAUCCUCCUGCACGGCACCAGCAACAGUUGGUACCAGGAGCUCAAGGACGUCAUCCGUGAGCAGCAGACACGGCCCAUCUGGACAGCCGAAGACCAGCUGGACAACUCCUCGGAGGACAACCUGGACCUCCCUCACCACGGCCUGGCAGACAGCUCCGCAGACCUGAGCUGUGACAGCCGGGUCAACAGUGACUACGAGACAGACGGGGAGGGCGGCGUCUACACGGACGGGGAGGCCUACACGGAUGGCGAGGCCUACACGGACGGCGAGGGUGGACCCCACACGGACAUGGACGAGGAGCCUUCCACGCCGGCCCUGGCCAGGUCCUCGGAGCCCGUGCUGGCAGACGAGCACCACAGCCUCCCGGCUCACGGGAGGGCCUCGGGGCAGCGCGUGGCCCAGGAUGGCCACCAACCCCAGGGUCAGCGGCGGCAGGACAGCAUGCGGACAUACGAGCGGGAAGCGCUGAAGAAAAAGUUUACACGAGCCCGAGAUGUGGAGUCCUCUGAUGAAGACGGCUACGACUGGGGCCCAGCCACUGACCUGUAAGCCCUCCCAGGUGGCCAGUGGGGCAGCUGGCCAGUCUUCCCUGCAGCUGGAUCUUGGCUUCCCAUUCAGAACUUGGAAGCCUGCCUCCUUGGACCUGGUCUCUAAUAAGCAGAGUAUUUUCACAGCAUUGGCUCCUAAUGGCUCUCAGGAAGGUCAGGGGCCAAGAGUCAGGCCCCAUCUUCCUCUCUUGACCUUAAAGACCUUGAACAGAGACC